UUCAGGAACAGAAACAACCCGUUAGAGAGAUACAAUGAUCACAAACUGGAGAAACUAUCCUGCUGGCUGGAAAACUUUAAACCCUGCAACAGCUACGAGGAGUUUCCUGAACUCUGUGGGUGAAGCUGUCGGACUUCACAAAUCCAGGGAUUGUCUGCAGGGUCUCCACUGAGCUCAGCAAGAUGCUUCCUUUAUUGCCGUAGCAGGAUUUCCAAAUGUGGUUGGAACAAAUAAUGGUACACAUGUAAGGCUGCAGGCCCCUUCUGUGGAUGAGCAUCUACAUGUCAACAGAAAGGGAUACAGCAGCAUAAAUGUUCAAGCAAUAUGUGACGCCGAACUGUGGCUUGCUGAGCAGGAUCAACCCACGACUCCAGGAUCCUGCAGCCAGCAGGGACUUAUUCUCCUGGGUGACUCUGAUGAUCCCCUCAAACCCUGGUUCCCUGCUCCUAAACCCAACACAUCACAGUGAGGAAAUGUACGACCAUGCUCACUACAAAACCAGAGAUACAGCUGAGCGCAUCGUUGGAGUACUGAAGAGGAGGCUCCAUUGCCUCCAUGGAGAUCUUCAGAUGUCACCAGCGAGGGAUUGCAAAUCCAUCUGUGCCUGUGUGUCCGUUCAUAACAUGGAGGCGCCAUGGAGAAGAUGUCCAGACAUCACAUCCCGUUAAAUCCAAGUUUUCUGCCUCCAGCGACGCACGGAGUGUUGAAGUCUCUUCUGGAAAACCCGAUGAAGCUGCCGCUGCAUCAUGAAGCUUUCAAUAAGGAGCAGGAGAAGGAGAAGAACCUGGAGGAGGAGCGCAGCACCCCCCAGUCAGCCUUUCUGGGCCCCACACUGUGGGACAAGACCCUGCCCUACGACGGAGACACCUUCCAGCUGGAGUACAUGGACCUGGAAGAGUUCCUGUCCGAGAACGGCAUCCCCUCCAGCCCCGCCCAGCACCAACCACACGCUCCGCCACGCCAGCCGCCAAUCAUGCCAGCAGCCCCGCCCACGUCAGCACCCUCGGUGAUGGACCUCAGCAACCACGCCUCCACCUCUGUACACACGAGCGUCGUCUCACCGAACUGUCUGCACAGCAGCCCGGCAAGAGCAGGUCUCCCGACCUCCAGAAACACCCCCAGCCCCAUCGACCCAGACUCCAUCCAGGUCCCCGUGGGAUACGAGCCCGACCCGGCCGACCUGGCGCUGUCCAGCGUGCCGGGCCAGGAGAUGUUCGACCCGCGUAAACGCAAGUUCUCGGCCGAGGAGCUGAAACCUCAGCCGAUGAUCAAGAAAGCUCGCAAAGUCUUCAUCCCCGAAGACCUGAAGCAGGAUGACAAAUACUGGGCCAGGCGCAGGAAGAACAACAUGGCGGCCAAGCGCUCUAGAGACGCACGGCGGCUGAAGGAGAACCAGAUCGCCAUCCGCGCCAGCUUCCUGGAGAAGGAGAACUCGGCUCUGAGGCAAGAGGUGGCCGACCUGAGGAAAGAGCUCGGACGUACCAAGAACGUCCUGGCAAAGUACGAGGCACAGCACGGGCCGCUGUGAGGACACACACACACAUCACAUAUACAUAUAUAUAUAUACAGUAUAUAUACAUGCACACACAAACAUACACACUGAAAAAUGACGAGCCCGCCCCUUCCUGAUCCACCAGCGACCCUCCGCUCACAUCCGCAGCACAGAAACAGUCCUGACGGCUCGACUCACGGCAGGUAAAGAGUUUGCUGGAGGUUAUAUAACGGACCAAUCAGAUGAUUACGUUCUGUUGAGUUAGAACGUAAACAUGGAGAAAAAGU